AUGGCGGCCAAACUUCUUGACGAAAUCGACGAGCAUUACUUGACGUGCCAGAUAUGUCUAGAAAGGUUCAUAAACGCCAGGGUGUUGCCGUGUCAGCAUAGUUUCUGUGAGGACUGUUUAACCAGGUUAGUAACUCGGACAGGGGUGAAGAUUCACUGCCCCUCGUGUAGAUCAGAAUUUGAUCUACAAGAUGGCGUCAAGUGUUUACCCAGGAACCUUCAACUCAACGCACUCACGGACCUCCUUCAACAACGUGAUAUUGCUGAUAGAUCCACUGGUCAGUUCCUCUGUGAAGGUUGCGAGAACAGACCUUCUAUCAACCACUGUAUCCAGUGUGCUAUCAAAAUAUGCGAUAACUGUGCAAAAACACAUCAACGGGUUCGAUUGACCAGUGGUCAUACGUUGAUUGAUCUCGGGCCACCUUGUAGCAAACACAACGAACAUCCACUAGAUCGCUACUGUACGAAAUGUUCUAAGCAAAUAUGCAAUAUGUGUGUUGAGAUUGAACACCAGAAACACGAGUGUCUCCCGAUACAAGACGCCUGGCACAAAAAAGUUGCAGACACAAGUGACACUUACAAGUCAUUGCAUAAAAAGCAACAAGAGGUGCAGACUGUCACCAAUAACAUACACUCAGCAUUGGUCACCCUGAAAGAUCUGUAUGACGCCGAAAACACAAGACUGGAGUCACACUCUAAGAGAGUAAUUAACCGACUACGAGAAACAAUGAAACAGAUUGAGCAAAAUAUACACGAAGACACAGUGACGAAAAGCAGGUAUUUGCAAACAGAGUACGAGUCCAGACAGGGGUACUUCCACGGAAUUCUUUCUGCCAAGACAUCGUUGAAGGAAAAAAUCGACGUGGCCAUGUCAUCACUGAAGACGGUCACGGAAAAUGGGGGUGGGCGUGAAGUUUUUAAAAUGGAUAAGUUAGAUACAGAGAAACUCUUAUCCGUCGAAGAUAAUUUAAUUGAAGUUGUGAAAUUCCCCAAACUUUUUUAUACCGAUGAUAUGAAUAAAAUGCUAAUGAGUGACAAUUUCAAACAUAUGUCAAUAGGAAAUUACAGAACACGUGCAGUUAAAGUCGGCUACCGUCCACAGCAGAGGAAAGUAUCGAAGAUUGUCGAAACGCAUAUACAUGUCGAGGAAGUGCAAGAAGUGGAGACAUCUCAAGUUGCAUCUUUAAAAUUACAAAAUGUCAUCAUCAGAGAUAUUUUAAAAACUCCGCUGAGGAAAGGUGAUAGGCGGUAUAUGCUGUCAACCCAUUGGUUCAAACUAUGGAAUCAGUAUGUUGCGCAUGGUCAGGACGAUGACCAAUCACAGCUCGCACAGCAUCCUGGGCCUGUUGACAACGCAACAUUAUUCGUCAACCCAGGGGAGAACGUUUUGAAAUCAAAUUUAGCUGAUAAAAUUGAUUACAUUCUUAUUCCGUAUGAAGCAUGGGACAAGUUGGUCCUCUGGUACAACGCAGUUGAUGGCCAAGUUCCUCUCGCCAGAACUGUCAGCCACGUGGGAGUGACAGGAACUAGACUCUGUGCCGAAGACAUGUAA